GUUACUCUGUUUACUACCUACACGAAACCAAUUGUUAUAUAUCGGGAAGGGGAAUAAUCAAACAAGCUUAUACAUCGAUACGAUAGACCUAUGGUUAAUCUGCGUAAAGCGUUUGAGAUAAAGUACGUAAAAGAGAAAAAGAUAAUAUUACGAGAAAAAACAAAUAUGACCAAAUAUUUUCUCUGAAACCAUAUAUUUUACUACUGCGUAAUAAAUAAAUAGAAACGUUAACUUAAAUAAUACAAAACGAAAAAAAAGGUAAUAUUACGAGAAAAAAUGGCACCCUUUGUAGGUGGUUAUCAGCAGGUAGACAGGUUAUAUUUAUAAUUCAUAUUUUGUCCAUACCUACCACACAUGUUUCGACCAAAAGGUAAUGAACAGCUUAAGUUAACCGAUCUUGGUUAAAAUAGCUUAAGAUACAUAACACGUAGAGAGAAGGAAAAGUAUUCAAUAAAACUUUCUUUAUCCUAACUUGACUUGUACAUUCCGGAACACUUUAAUUGGUUGUUAUCUGAUUUCUUGUCCAACUUACUUUUACUCUCGAUUAUGACGCCAUCUAAAGUUAGAUAACCACAAUUAUUUAGCUUAGUUCAAAACUUGAACUUACUUCUUUAACGAAAAACUUUUAUGAUGGACACGAAGCCUUUAACUAACACAUGAUAUUGCCAGCUUGCUUCAAGUAUUCAAAAAAUGAAAACGACAGCAGCGCGCUCAUGUCCUCUUGCAUUGUGUUCAAAAUACAACAAAAAUGUAGACAUUACUUUAAUCGUGAACUAGAAGUCAAUCAAGUAACGCUGUUGCAUUUAUAGUAUUAGUGUAAAAUGAAACGUUAUGUGUUAUCCAGCACAACUUUUUAGCGUGUUUUUUUUACUUUCUUUAUUAAUUUUACAUAGCAAUGCUGCCGAUUACACAUAUGAAAUUGACUGUAAUAAUUUACGAAUGGGACAAUACAUCUGCCCUCAUCCCGAUUAUGAUUUCAUAGAUCAAAAAACUCAACAACCUAAAGGGUGUACGAAAGAAAAUAAAGCCAAGGUGUUGUGUCUAGCUGCUGAUGGCCUUAUUUGUACAGAAACGAGGAAUAAUACUUUUAAAAAGGAUAUACCUUGUAAAUGGACGUAUGUAUAUGUUAAUGGAUAUUCCUUUGAGACAACUUUACUGUUGUCUAUAUUUUUGGGUAUGUUUGGUGCAGAUCGAUUUUAUCUUGGAUAUCCAGCACUUGGAUUGUUGAAAUUAAGUACUUUGGGUUUUCUCUUCCUGGGUCAAUUCGCAGAUGUAAUACUAAUAGCAACACAGAUUGUUGGACCAGCGGAUGGUUCACAUUAUAUUAUGCCAUAUUAUGGUGCCGGAAUUAAUAUUGUCACAAGUAAUAACUUCACUUACAGAGUGCCACAAUAUGAUAGCUAAAAGAACAAUCGCAGCACAGAAAUAAUAAUUAUUUUAAGAAAUUGUGUAGCUUUUGCUUCUGUCACGAGCAACGAUGUACAAUCCUACAUAUGAGUCCUAUUCUAAUAUAUUUUGAUGUAUUAUUCUCUAUAUAAUGCUAUGAUAAGUCUUAUAAAAAGAAAGCUGUCUUGUAGAUAUGUUUUUCAAUGAAAUAUUGUAUAUAAA